ACACUGAUGAAGAUUAUAAUUAUGAUAAAUGUUUAUAUUUAUUGUAAUUUUAGAGAAUGCAAUGAAGGACCAAAGGAUUGGCCGUGCGAUGGGGGUCUGCAAGAAAGUGGUCAGUGCCUUCUCCUACAGUUGGAAAAAAAAGAGGGAGCUGAAAGAUGUUCAGAAGAGGAUGAAUCUGCCUGAGCAUUCUCUUAAGACAGAGUGUCCAACCAGGUGGGGGUCUCGGCAGGCUAUGAUUAGCAGGGUCCUAGAGCAGCAGAAGGCCAUUGCAGAUGUCCUCUACAAUGAUACCAAAAACAGACACCUCACCCCCUCAUGGCAGGACAUCGAUGUACUUGAGGCCAUCAACAAAUCACUAAGCCCUCUCGUUGAAUUCACCGAUGCACUUUCUGGGGAGCAAUAUGUGAGUGUGUCUUUUGUCAAACCAACUCUCCACCUGUUCAACACAUCCAUAUUGGCCGUGCAGGAGGACGACACAGACCUUGCAAAGUCCAUCAAGCAGAAGAUAGUGGGCUAUCUCAAUGAGAAAUACAAUGAUGCACCAACACAAGAGCUGCUGGACAUGGCCUCAGCCCUGGACCCAAGGUUCAAGCUUACAUAUGUGAGCGAAGACAUGCGCGGGUCAAUUGAAAAAAGACUUUCAUCUGAGAUGAAGACUGUCAUGGAGAAGGCCUCUGAGAGAGCAGUGACGCCUGCUGAUGACACUGAUGCCGCUGCUGCUACUGCACCAAAGAAGAAGAAAGCCCUGGGCAGCUUCUUCAAGCCGGUCACUGAAGGCACAGCUUCAACAUCCACUGCUCUGCAACCGGACCAGGACAAAGCCAUAGCUUUGGAGCUACAGUCCUACCUCCAGGCAGGGACACUGGACACUGAGGCGGACCCACUGGAGUGGUGGAAGGUAUCACAGCAGUUUUACCCACGGCUCUCAAACCUGGCAAGGAGAUAUCUUUGUAUCCCGGCCACAAGCUCCUCGUCAGAGAGGGUUUUCAGUACAGGCGGUAAUGUUGUCACCUGCCUGCGCUCAUCCCUGAAACCAGACCAAGUGAACAGACUGGUGUUCUUGGCUAAAAACCUUUAAGAGGGUUAGGUGGCAGAUUGCAGGGAGCCUGGAUGAGGGAGUAUGGGACUGGGUGGCAACUACUUUUUUUUUCUAAGAUUUAAAAAGAAGUCUUGGCAGCUGAUUGUUCUUGUCAGUGUGUCAGUCAGUUUAUUCUUGUUCAUUCUAAUUUUGCCCAAAAGGGUGUGCCUCUACCUCAACAUGUUAACUGUUAUGUCAUUGAUAUACUGAUGAUUACAACUGUGUUUUUUGCAGGACUAGGUAAGGAGGUGAUUACACCAUAGUUUGAGUUGGGUUUGUUUUAUGGUAAAGAGAAGUAAUACUGUUUCAGUGUUCUGUUAAGUCUGGGAGAGUGUUUAUUUUGUAUUUUUGCAUAUUAUUUAAUUCAUUUUAUUAAUAUAUUUCUCUUAUUUAUUUGCAUUUUUCUUGUUUUUCAGUUCAAACUUAUCGUGUUAAAAGAAAUACCAGUGUUAAAAGUUCAAUAAAUGCUUGUUCUCAAAUCAAUGAAUAAUCGUCUUUAAUAACCGUGAUUACAAUAUCAAUCAAAAUAAUCGUGGUUAUUAUUUUUGCCAUAAUCGAGC